GGGAGAUCACAAAUAAUACAAGUAAUGGUGCCAGUGCCUUAGAAAAUAUAUAUAAAAACACCCUUAAACAAUUUCUUAGCCAACUAGAGAGAGAGAGAGAGAGAGAGAGAGAGAGAGAGAGAGAGAGAGAGAGAGAGAGAGAGAGAGAGAGAGAGCAUCCCUUUGUUGACACUCCGGCUGAUGACCCCCUCUAUUCCCCCCUCCUCCACUUCACCCACCCCACACCUGCUCCACGCUCCCCCCAUACCUCCAGGAAAAGGGUUAGGGACCGCCAGGUGUAGCUAAACAAGAUGAUCUGAUUCCAAAUAGUUUUCAAUUCCUUAUAGAUAUUUUAAAAGGUGUUGAAACCCCUUAGAUGGAGUUGAAGGAAGAUCAGAUCCCCUUUGACUUAGCUUUCGACUCCUUAUAGAUGAUUGUAUAAGGUGUAGGAACCAAUUAGUGUCAAUUAAAGGGCUGUCAGUAAGAUUAGAUCCCUUUAACAUAGCUUUUUAUUCCUUAUAGAUAGUUUUAUAAGGUAUAGAAGUUCUUUUGGUGAUAUUUGAAGGGGAUUGAGUACACUAUGGAAAGUAUAAACGGGAGAACCUAAGGAGGAUUCAUAUAAGUACUUGUGAAUAAGGUUUUUAAAGGAGAAAUAAGAAAGGGAAGUGGGUUGAAGUCUUAUUACUGGUUCCAGGAAUGCGGUAUCAGACGACUUAAUCCUCUUGAGUGUUACGGAGGAGGGGAAAGUGAGGGGAGAGGUGAGGGUCUGUCCUUUCCUCUCACACGUUUACCUUUCCCGUCACCAACAAAAAGCUGGGGAAAUUAAAUGAAAGUGAUAAUCUUUUCACUAUCACUCAUAACGUGUCUCUGUGGUAUCAAGUGAGAAAAGGGGAAAGUGAGGGGAGAGGUGAGGGUCUGUCCUUUUCCCUCACAUGCUCACAUUUUUCCCUUCACUACCAAAAUUGCAGAAAAAAAAGUAGCAUUCUUUUUCACCAUGAGUUUGUCACGAUGCACGGUGAGUGAGGUGUGGCGGUGGGAAUAUGAGUGAAAUCCCCCAUCAUUCGGCGCUUUAUGACUCUCUUGUUGCGGCGACGUGAACGUAAAUACACCAAUCAAAACGAAAAUGAGGAUUGGGUUGGUGGGGAGGAACCUUCGCCAUUACCACACAUAUACAUUAGAAUUAUAGACAAUUUUUACUCCUAUAUUUACUCACACCUAUAUUAACUACUCGACUCAUAUUAGACUAAGAGGAAUAAGAUGGUUGGUGGGGAGAACUCUUAUACUUUACUAUCUCUAACUAUCCUUCGCCUCUUGAAAAUUAAUGUAGAUUAUUAGGUUCUUAACGCAUCUUUUCUUCCUUUUGUUUUUCUUUAUGGGUGGAUGCAGAAGGAGCAGGAGGAGGAGGAGGAGGAGGAGGAGGACAAUUCAUGGUUGUUACCCUAAGGCGGAUGUUGGCGGGAGGGAGACACUCUGCCUCAUUCCUACCCAAAAUAAUCCUUGGGUAAUGAGUUGAUGUGUGGGCGCCUCCCCUUCUCCUCCCCCUCCUCUUCUUCCUCUUCUUAGUCAGGAUUUGGCUGGGUAAGGGAAGUGGAUGAAUUAGAAAAUAUGGUUGUGGAGGUUGUGGUGGUGGUGGUAGUGGUGGUGUUGGUGGUGGUUGUAGUAUGUAGUAGUAGUAAUGUAGUAGUAGUAGUAGUAAUAGUAGUAAUAGUAGUAGUUGGUGGACAGGAUGAUGGAGUAAAGUGGUGUAAGGAUUGUAUGGGCAUGUGGUGCAGGUGUAGUGUAUGGCGGCGGUGGUGUAGCGUGGCGGUGGUCUAGUUAAUGGUGAGAGGCAUGGUGAUGGCGGUGGUGCAUGUUGGUGGUGGUGGUGGUGGCGGCGGGGUGACAGAGGCGCGAGGGUGGUGUUGAUGGGACAACUUAUUUAUCAUGGUGAUGAGUGGCUUGUGAAGGUGGUGGUGGUGGUGGUGGUGGAGGGGAAGUGGAGGGCAAGCUGGAAGGCAGGACGAGUGGCAGCAGGGGCGGGCAGGGCAGCAGCGCCACAGCGCCACACCGCCAGGGGUCGGGCCGGCGCCCUGGGUAUUUUUACCUUCCGGGCUGUCGUCGUGCCUGGCGGGCUUCGCUGCUGUGGUCUGCUUCAGUUACACUUGGCUCACGCCCUUACCUGCUGCUCGAGACUCUGCUCUUGUGUGCUUCUCCCGCCGUGGUAAGCUCCCGCCCUUCCCGCCCUUGCCGCCCCUCGUCGCCGCCCACGGAGGGCGGAGUGGGGCAUGGCCGCGCUACACGUGCUUCCUGCGCCGCGAAAGUAAAAGAUAAACAGAUUGAACCACAAAGGAUUUAUUUGGCCUGAGCCCAGAUUUGUGUCACUUGUACCCCUGCAAAUGGCCGUGUAGAAGUGACGUGUGCUAUGCGAGCCUGAGGGCGUGGGGCGGGGCGGGCGGCAGUAUGAGCGGGCGCACCCGUCAGCAGUACGGCAGGAGCGCCACCACCUCGUACACCAAUGUCCUACACGACUCAGGCGGGGACAUCCUCAACCGCUGCUCUAACCUCUUCAGCAAGUUUGCCUCCCGCGUGAGGGCCGCCUCCCAGUCCGGGGAGGACCGCGCGCCCCCGCACCGCUCCGCCGCCGCCUCCUCCACCGCCAUCACCACCACGUCCUCCUCCUCCGCCUCCUCGGCCGCCGAUCCGAUGCUGCUCAAAUACAGCAGGUAUGACGACCCGCCGCGUUACAACGACUACAAGACCUCGUCGCUGUACGGUGACGUUAAGGCCAAGGCGUCCCGGUAUGAACCCAGCUCGUCCCACUUGCGGCCCGGGGGCGCCUCGGCCGUCGGCGGCUAUACCCCCAGCAGGAGCGGCCACGCCCUCGCGCCAUCAGCCUCUUUCUCCUCCUUCUCAACUUUCAAGGCGGACUACGGCGGCGCAGACCUGGACAAGAAUGACCUCACGCCACGCAAGAAGUACGGCAGCGGCGGCGUGCGCUCCACAUACGGCCGCACCACGUCAGACAUCUCCCUGGGCAGUACAAACGACUACGGACUGGGGGGCGCCUAUCUGUCCCUGUCAGCCCCGACCCCCAACUAUGACAAGAUCGGCGCUCGCUACAAGCCCAGCCGCUUUCUGAACAAAAGCACGCUGGGUGCGGGCGGCUGCUUGGAGGAGGACGAGGCGGGCGACGAGCUGAGCGUGCUGCGGAAGAAUGACAGCACCAAGAAGACUGACUACUGGUCCCAGUACGGCUCUGGCUCCGCGUCUCCCUACGUGUUCGACCGUGGCCUGGACACCGCCAGCAGGAGGGUCGCGAUGGGGGUGAACCUCAGUCCGCAGCUACGGCGGCGGCACGGCGACAACUCCCUGAUCAGCGCCACGGGCAGACAGCGCCCCACGCGCCCCGUGACGGUGCCUGAGGCCACGGAGGGGCGGGAAAGCACCAGUUCCAUCAUCAAGCGGUACUCGGGCCUGUCCGCGGUGGACACGGACACGGGCAGCACCACGUCCUCCGCCACCCCUGACAGUGUCGCCGACGAGUCAGCGCGGCGCAAGGAGCGGGCGCAGCUGCUCAGUAUGUACUCGCUGCCCAUCAAUGUGCUGCACAACAUCAGCUCCUCCAACUCCUCCAGGAAGUUCCUGAAGCGCGGCGGCGAGAACUCCGGCAGCGGCGAGCACAAGCUGCGCUACGACCAGGUGAAGGAAAUGGCGGCCAAGGUGUCUGCCUUCAGCGCCUUCCCCGACGACGAGGGCAGCCAGGGCCCGCCGCGCAAGGUGUACGGCAGCGCCUCCGCCGGGGACGUUCUGUCCGCCAUCGCCAAGGCCUCCGCAAAGGACACGCUGUCGAAGCACAGCACGCCGGACUCUGAGAAGUACAUCCUGCACGACCCACCCAUCGUGUUCGCCAAGGCCGCUGUGCGGGAGAGGCCCAGCGGCGGCACCACCACCCCCACCACGCCCACCACGCCCACCAUCUCCUGCAGCUCCUCCACCAAGCCCGCCAAGCCCACUUCCCUCGCCCUUACCCGCACUUACACCACUGACCUCUUCCGCUCGCCCUCUGAGGAGUACCGCCUCUACGAUCCCCUGCUGGACUCCCGGAGGCCCUACCACUCCAUCCUGGACCACCAUGCGGGCGGCCACUACGGCCUGCACACGCCCCCAACGCCCCCCACGCCCACCAUUAAGGUGUCCAAUUACAUGGAGCCGGAACACGAGUACACCUUCACCACCUUCAAGCCGAGCCUCGCCCUCCACUCCAGGCAGGACGCCGCGGCCAAGACCAGCAACAACAACAACAACAUCGCCACCACCAACAAUAACAGCAGCAGCAGCACCAGCAGUAAGAGCACCAUCAACAACAACAACAAUAACACCACCACCACCAAUAACAACAACCUGAGCAGCAACACCACCACUACCAGCAAGACCAGCACUCAGGACACGAAGGCCAAGCCGAGCCACACCAGCCACACCAUCCACAGCUGCUAUGACGUGCUGAGUGACCCCACCAUCGGCUAUGUCCCCGCCGUGAGCCCCGCGUCGCCGCAGGAGCACUCCCUCACCGCGACAGCCUCCGUGAAGCCCAAGACGAGCACCAGCGCCAGUGUCCUCUCCAAGCACCGGGACCUGAUGGACACCUCGUACGCGUUAGCUAAGUACAGGGCAGAGCUGGACGCCGCCACCGAAGACACAAGUAGCGGAGUCGGUAAGAACACCAAUGCGUCCCUCUCUACCUCCACCUCCACCUCCUCGCUCCUCGGCAAUGUCCCUCCGCCGCCGCCGCCUAAGAAGUCCUCCAUGCUGGAAUACCUCGGCAUCCAUGACUACGGGGGCAAGAGCAAGCACCACUACUCCUUCUGCAGCCCCAGUAGCAGUUCACGGGCACCCUCAGUCGAAGAUGAUGAAGAAGGACACCUGAUAUACCGCAGUGGCGACGUGCUGCAAGAUAGAUACAAGAUCAUUUCCACCCUGGGCGAGGGAACCUUCGGCAAGGUGGUCAAGUGUCGCGACCUGCAAAACAGUGAUCGCUUCCUGGCCCUGAAGAUCAUCAAGAAUGUGGAGAAAUACAGAGAGGCGGCCAAGCUGGAGAUCAACGUCCUGGAGAAGCUUGCUGAGAAGGACCCAUACAAUAAACACUUGUGCGUUCGGAUGCUGAGCUGGUUCGACUACCAUGGCCAUGUUUGUAUUGCCUUCGACAUGCUCGGCUUAAGUGUGUUCGACUUCCUGAAGGACAACAACUACCGUCCAUACUCUUUGGAUCAGGUCAGACACAUCUCCUACCAGCUGUGCUACGCUGUCAAGUUCCUGCACGACAACAAACUGACCCACACGGACCUCAAGCCAGAGAACAUUCUCUUCGUCGACUCAGACUAUACCCUGACCUAUGACCCCAAGAAGAAGCGGGACAUCAGGACAGUGAAGAGAACAGACAUCCAGCUGAUUGACUUCGGCAGUGCUACGUUUGACCACGAGCACCACAGCACCAUAGUCUCUACCAGACACUACAGAGCGCCAGAGGUCAUUCUAGAGUUGGGUUGGUCUCAGCCGUGCGACGUUUGGUCCAUCGGGUGCAUCAUGUUUGAGCUGUACCUGGGCAUAACACUCUUCCAGACCCAUGACAACAGGGAACACUUGGCCAUGAUGGAGAGGAUCCUGGGCCCAAUUCCCUACAGGAUGGGAAGGAAGACUCGGACCAAAUACUUCUACCUUGGCAAGCUGGAGUGGGAUGAGAAGAGCUCAGCUGGAAGAUACGUGCGAGAGAACUGCAAACACUUAAGGAGUUACCAGCUCAGUUCAAGUGAAGAUCACAGGCUGCUGUUUGAUCUGAUCAGCAAGAUGUUGGAAUAUGAGCCGUCCCAGAGGAUAUGUCUUGCUGAGGCGCUAAGGCAUCCAUUCUUUGACAAGCUUGAGCCCCUCCAGCGGUUAGGGGACGGUGCCAUUGGUGAUCGGGAGCGCUCCCACUCCCUCUCACGGUGAUGCCAGAUCCUUCAAGGCACGUACAGCACUGCCGCCUGACUGGCACCCCCCCUGUCAUGCCCUCCCUGCCCCCCACGUGGCACCUCAGCCAUUGGACUCAACCACUGAAGUAUUGGGCAGUUUCUCAAGACACUCGUCCACGCAGACGCCAGUGCUCAGAAACGCAGCGCAAGAAUCUCAUUACGUGCGUGCAUAGCUACGUGUGGACUCUCCAGCCGUGUGCACAGUGUGUCGGGACAGAGUGCCGUGGCGGCGGCGAGCCACCAGAGUGUCGCGAGGCUUCAAAGAGUAUUUUUGGAUUUUGUUUCUGUUGUCCCGCGUGGCACCGAGUUAAUGAGGUUCUCAUCUGUUAUGGUAUUGGAUCAGAUUGUCCAAAAACUGUGGUGGGAGGGAGGCAAAAUAGAUUAAGAUAGCUACAUUCACAUAUAACUGUAUGAUGUCUUUGUUUAUUAAGUUGUAAUUAUCUGUGAGAUAUCAGUUCAUACAUUUUAAGGUUAUGUUUGAAACGAGGCCAAGCAGCGGAAACAUGAGCGAGGGAGUGAGCAGUCCACGAAGGUAAUGGAAGGUCAGAGUGCUGCCACCGCAGUGUGUCUGUGUGUGUGUCUGGCAUUCAGGCAAGGUGUAUAUUUAUUUCUGCUGAGCCUCAAAGGCAAGGAAUUGCAGGUGUUACCACAGGGUGUCCACAGACUGGGAGCUGUGUCAAGUAUUCAAGAUGGCAAAAGUUACUCGUGCACAAAAUGUCUCGGCUGAUGCCCAGGGAGAGGAGCUCCAUCUGUGCUACUUAAUUAUUGCAAGGCACGUCCCUCCCUCUGUCCUCCCCUCCCUGGGGCAGGAUGCCAGCGCUCCACUUCAUUCUCUCAAGUAUCAAACAAAUACCCAAGGGUCCGCCACACAGGGGAGUGUUUCUGCCUCGUGCCAGGAAGUAUUGCCGCUGAUGAGUCGCCUCCAGGCUAGGGGAGGACUGCCUGUCAGUUCAAGUCUCUCUUUAUCAUGUGUUGUCUCUUCUAGAAUAUGUUUUAGUGCCGGAAACACUCUCCCUGUGUUGAGUGAGGCUCGUGGCCAAAAUUUUGUGAGUGUUAAUUGUUAUUUUACAGAAGAAGAAAUAUAUAUUUGCAAGUGAUAUUCUGUGAGGAAGCUGCUGAGAGCCAGUGGUCGCCCACACCACAGAAACCUUCCUCAAUAUAUUUAUACUGUAUAGGUAUUGUAUAGAGAAAUAUUUGAAAAAUCUUUUGGCCAAAUUUUUUUCUUUGUGUGCAUUUAUUUUUCCCAAGAAAGAAAAAACACAGUGAAAUGAAAAUACAUUGACGGUUCCAUCGUGUUGGUGUAGACGGUUGCUUUAUAUAAAAGUGAGAUAGAGUGAGGACAUUUUCCUUCUUUGACAACCCAAAGAGUUUCCUGCCUUUAGAAAAAAAAACUCUUACUAUCGUCAAGGACAUAAACCUGUUCCUCCUAAUAAAUAUUUUCUUUUAGUA